GUUUCGCUCUUCCUAAAUCUUACAUAUUGAUUGCUUUCCUACUUAGUGGCGCUAUUCAUCUCAUCUUAUUACCGCAACUGAUACAGGAAUCUGUCAAGACGAAGCACCCUCAACUUCACUAUGAGUCAAAAAUAUAUAUGCUUCUCCAAGGAGGAACUGGUAUUCCCAACCUCAAAUGGUUUGGAGUUGAGGGAGAGUACAACGUAAUGGUCAUUGACCUUCUUGGACCAAGUUUGGAAGACCUCUUCAACUAUUGCAAUCGGAAGUUUACUUUGAAAACAGUUUUAAUGCUUGCGGAUCAACUAAUUAAUAGAGUUGAGUAUAUGCACUCACGAGGAUUUCUUCACCGUGACAUAAAGCCGGACAACUUUUUAAUGGGCCUAGGUCGCAAAGCAAAUCAGGUAAUUAUUCGCAGAAUUUGAAAAAUCUCCUAAUACAUGUUUCGUCAAUAUUCCUUCACGGCUUCGCCUAAACUGGUAUAAGUUCAUGUCACUUCUUGCUAGUUCAGUUUUUUUAGUUUUAUCAAUUUCUAAAUUGUAUGUGUUUCGUCAUAGGGAUAGGGUGUUGUGUAAGGACUGUAAGGUUAUCCCGAGUGAGAAUCUUUCGACCCAGCAUAGGCUCUUGGUUAUGGAUUUGGGUAUAAAGAAGGAUAGGAAGAGAAUGGGUGAGGAGUGUAGACCUAGAAUUAAGUGGGGCGGCUUGACGCUAGUGAAUGCAUGGGAGAUAGGGGAGAAGUUGGCGGGAAUGGGGGUGUGGGAGUAUAGGGGGGACGUGGAUAGUAUGUGGGAUAGGGUGGCUAGGUGCAUCAGGGAGAAUGCUAGUGAGGUGUUGGGUGUUUCUA